GGACAUUGAAGAAAUCAUGAAAGAAACUGGAUUCUCCCACAGUCAGAUCACUCGCCUCUACAGCCACUUCCACAGUCUCGAUAAAGGAGAAAAUGGAGCGCUCAGCCGAGAAGACUUCCAAAGGAUUCCCGAGUUGGCCAUAAAUCCUCUUGGCGAUCGGAUCAUUAAUGCCUUCUUCCCAGAGGGUGAGGAUCAGGUGAACUUCAGGGGCUUCAUGAGGACUCUGGCUCACUUCCGUCCUGUGGAGGAUAACGAGAAAAAUAAAGACCCGACUUCUGGCGAGCCGCUCAACAGCAGGGCCAACAAACUCCUCUUUGCUUUUCGGUUAUAUGACCUUGACAGAGACGACAAGAUCUCUAGAGAUGAACUGCUACAGGUUUUGAGAAUGAUGGUUGGCGUGAAUAUUUCUGAUGAGCAACUUGGAAGCAUUGCAGACAGGACCAUCCAGGAAGCUGACACUAAUGGAGACAUGAGUAUCUCAUUCAGCGAGUUCACCAAGGUAUUGGAAAAAGUGGAUGUCGAACAGAAGAUGAGCAUCCGCUUCCUUCACUAAAAACCAAAUGUGUUCUGAACUCUGAUUGGAGACCAUCAGUGUCACGCCACCUGAUUCUUCUCUGUGGGUUGAUUCAUCCUUUUUAAACAUGAUCAUGUUGUCAUCAUGUUACGUUUGUUUCAAUCAUCUAUCACUCUUGAGUUGCUUUUGCACUAGAAGGCCGGAUCCAGUGCCUUCACUAUUCUCAAAAGUCACAGAGGCUUUUAUCUUGUGAAAUUCUAUUUAUUCCGGCUGUGAAAGCAGCUUAUUAAAACUUUCCAAAUGGCGAAGCUGUCACUGAAAUUGAUACUGACGGAUGCACAAUUCGUCACCUACUUAAAGGCCAAAUCUUCAGAGAAACUUUCCUUCUCACCCCUAGAAAUAAUAUUUUGUUCCACAAUACCUCAUUAUAAGGGUGGAUAAGGCUGUCUUCAUUCUCGUAAUUUAUAAUGAUCUUAAGUCAACACAUCAGAGGGAGUGAAAUAGCUGAAUGCCUCUUAACUCAGAAAAAUGUAUUUUUCUCUGAAUUUAAGUUUUCUUUAAAUGCCUAAUAAAGAGAAGAGAAGCGGUU